UUUGGUCACAGUAUAUGUCUAGUUGUAGAAUUUGGAAUCAUCAUCAGACAAUUCGGGGGCUUUAAAACUUCCAAGCUAAAGUUAAAGAGAGAAUACCACAAUACCACCGCAAAGAGGAUGUUGACAUAGUUGACGUUUAACGUUAUAACCAACAAACAUAACCUCAAAUUAACAUUAAACGUCAAGUGGAAUCCUCGGAGAGAUUUAUAGUAAAAACAAUUUAAUUUUAUAAUAAUACUCAAGAAAAGUGGAGCAGAUUUCAGAUUUGGCAAUAUUUAGGUCUCAAUUAGCAGCUUUCUGAUAGUUUCUUUACUAGUCAAAACUUAGUAAGAAUUAGUAAAAUGUCCACCACACUGGAUCCAAAUGCAGUACAUAACUGUAACAAAUGCACCUAUUUCACAAAAUCAUUAAAUUCCCUUCUGAAACACCAAGAACGCCAUCGCAUCUCAAAGACCGAACUAUUCAGCUGUUCAGAAAGCACUCCCGAACCAUUUUUCUGUAAAAAUUGCAACUUUAGCACCCAUUUAACGAUAGAGUUCAACAAUCACAUCAACGAUAAUCACUCUGGAAAAAUAUACCGCUGUGAAAUUUGCAACUUUGCAACAUUCAUACUUUCCCACUGGUUAGAGCACAAGAAAAACAAGUGCCUCCAAAAGUGGUUUAAAUGUGACAAGUGUUCGUAUAAAACCCGACUUGAGAAAAAAUUGAGGCAACACAUGAAAAAGGGCCACAAAGUGGGUGAAAGCAUAGAAUGGCACAUGUGUACUUUAUGCACGUACAAAGCUAGAGAUAAAAGAAAUCUUAGCAGGCACAUGAGUGUCAAGCAUAAUUCAAAAACGACACCUUUUCAGUGUGAUAAGUGCCCGUUUGUGUCUAUUUAUAAAGAGAGUUUAGAAUAUCACGUUGUAACGAAACACACAAAAGACGAAGACGCUGAGUGGUUUACAUGUGACUUGUGUUUGUACAAAUCGAAGUGGAAAAAAAAUUUAAAAAAACACAUGGUUGGGAAGCACCAAGUUGAAAAUGCCACUUUGUUUGAAUGUGACCAGUGCAAUUAUAAAACAAGAUAUAAAAGUAACUUAGCGAAACACACAGCGGGUCAGCACACGAGCGAACAAGAAAUCAAGUGGCAUACAUGUGGUGUGUGUCCGUACAAAUCGAAAACUCUAGGCAAUUUAAAAAAUCAUAUCAACCAUGCGCACGGACCCUCGGAAAAAAUGCCGCUUUAUUUAUGUGAUAGGUGUUCAUUUACUUCCAUGUACAAACUGAGCAUCGAACACCACAUAAUCAAUAAACACACAGACGAACAAGACAUUGAGUGGUUUGCUUGUGAUUUUUGCCCCAUGAAAUUUAAAUGGAGGAAAAAGUUAAAAGAGCACGUGAACAAUAAGCACGAAAUUGUAAAUGUCACGUUGUUUGAGUGUGAUCAGUGUUCAUUUAAAACGAAAUAUAAAAAUAGUUUGGUUAAACAUAAAGCAAUUAAACAUGUAAGUGAGGAAGAAAUACAGUGGUUUCCUUGUCAUUUGUGUCCGUAUAAAACUAAGUUGAAAAGUACGUUGAAGAAACACCUCAGUGUUGUACAUCAGUAUCCUAAUUAUGGGACGUUCUAUUGUGAAGAAUGUCCCUUUAUAACUAAGACUGCUCAUGGGUUAAAGGAACAUGUUAAGUGUAGACAUACAAGUCAUGAUUUACUCAAGUGGUAUCCAUGUGAUUUAUGCUCAUACAAGUCAAAACGAAGGGACGGCUGGAGAAGGCACAUGAUGACAGUGCAUAGGAAUGAUAAUUGGGGGAAAAAAGAAGCUGAUGUCACUUUGGGGAACAUGGAAGAAGGGGAUAAAAGUAAUUGUUGACUAAGUAUUUACUUACAUUGUUUUUCAUAUAUGCUUUUGUAUUUAUUAAAAAAUUUAUAGAGUAAUAAAAUUAUGUUAAUUGUU